AUGCGGUACAUACCGGUUUAGUUAAAUAACUUGGAAAACAUUUGUAUAAGGAUUUAAUCCUAAAAAAACAUGUACUUUUUUCUCAACAGAGAUAAACCAGAAAAGAAUUAUUGUUUCUGCUGUCUCGGUCUGAAACUCUUAGGGAAUUUCUUGGAAAAAUAAAUAUCCGAAGUACGACAUGAUAUUGCAUGUAGAGUCUCAGUUAAAGGUAUAAAUGUGAUAACCUAAAUACAUUACACGAAGAAAAUCAGCAGGGAAACACUUCAUUAAAAAUCAUGCGCACUUCUCUUUUUGAUAUAUGAAAAAUUUGACGCUUAGAUUAUUUAAUUUUUUUGUUGAUAAAAUUAUACUACCACAGAUUUUUUACAUAAGGCGUCUCUAAUUACGUUAAAAAUAGACGAUAUAUUAUCUAUAAUCUUCUAUUCCUCAAUUUAUCGUGUUCAAAAUCUUUUUAAAAAUUAAUUGACUACAUUUUUUUUUAAUAAUAGUUAUAAAAGAAUUUAAAAGCACACUACUAUGUCGCUUACAGAAAAAAAAAAAAAAAAUUUCCUGCAAGAUUUCGCCAUAGGAGGUGCAUCAGCAGCUAUUUCAAAAACUGUAGUUGCACCAAUCGAAAGGGUUAAACUUUUAUUACAGACUCAGGAUAGUCAUUUAGAUAUGGUUUCUGGUAAAGUUGCAAGAUAUACAGGGAUUACUAAUUGUUUUUACCGUGUCUCCGCUGAACAAGGAAUCUCUUCGCUGUGGAGAGGCAAUAUGGCUAACUGUAUACGAUAUUUUCCAACACAAGCAUUCAAUUUUGCUUUCAAAGAUACAUUUAAAUCAUUAUUUCCAACGUAUAACCAAAACAGUGAAUUUUGGAAAUUUUUUGCAGUUAAUUUAGCAUCCGGAGGUUUAGCUGGAGCUAGUUCUCUUUGUAUAGUGUAUCCAUUAGAUUUCGCGAGAACGCGGUUAGCUACAGAUUUAGGUAAAACAUCACAACGCGAAUUCAAAGGACUUACCCAUUGUGUUACCAAAAUAGCCAAAACUAGUGGACCCCUUACAUUAUACCGAGGCUUCUUUGUUUCCGUUCAAGGCAUUAUAGUUUAUAGAGGCGCUUAUUUCGGUCUGUAUGAUACACUCAAAAGUUUAUUGUUCGAUGAUACAAAAACUAACACGUUUGGAAAAUGGAUGGUUGCGCAAAUCUCUACCUCACUAGCUGGUGUCAUUUCGUAUCCUUUUGACACAGUGCGUCGACGUAUGAUGAUGAUGGCUGGACGGCAACAGUCUGGAGGAGAAAUUCAGUACACUAGUACACUUGAUUGUUGGAAAAAAAUAGCCAGGAACGAAGGAUUGCGUACUUUUUUCAAAGGAGGAUGGUCAAACAUUUUACGCGGUACAGGCGGAGCCCUUGUUUUAGUUUUCUACGAUGAAGUUCAAAAAUUUUUGCAAUAAUAACUUCUAUUUAUACGAUUAAAUCAAUUUUUUUUUAUUUUUAAUAAAAAAAACCCUAUUGUACUACAAAUAAAUAAAAUUUAAAUGGAAGAAUGGUUUCGUAUUUUUAUCGAUUUUAUUUUAAAUAUUUUUUCAAAACCAUGUAUCAUAAGGAAAUCGUUUUACAGA